AAAAAAAAAAAAAAAAAAAAAAAGAGGUCAGCAGCUGAUAUUCAACUUGUUGUAAACCAUGGUUUUGUAGUGCACUGUCAAGACAUCGGUACGACAACAUUGCCGUGGCCGGCCACGGCAUGAAAGAGCUUAAGCUUAGAUGUCGGACGUAUCUCAGUUAGGAUCGCCGCGGGAAGGGUUUUUUUCAUACCUUUUUUUCCUUGGUUUGGUUUUCGACAUGCCGAAAAACUUGAGUAAACAAGCGAGAAAGCAGCAAAGUAGAAUUGCUGCAUUGAAUACUUUGGGAACGCCCGCAUCCAGUCGUGCUGGAUCAGAAUUGGAAGAUGAACUCGACACAUUAUCAGAAGCGUCCUUCGCAACGGCCGAUUCUACGGGUGAAAUAGAUGAAACCAGGCUAGAGGAUACCCUCCGAAGACAAAUCGACGAUUUGGGUGAAAAGAGAACAGCUACGCGUGAAACUGCAUUAGGGACCCUAAAUCAGAUGUUGGCGCACCAUUACUGCGGACCGUUCCUUGGAUCCAACCAAUCAAAUUUGUCAGCGUUGUUACAGUUAUUAAUUCGCUCCGUACGGAAACCGGGAUCCACCCAAGAAACCAUUCUCGCUUUAAAGGGUAUUGGUUUGGCAUUUCUGAGUCAAGAAGCAGGUGCAGGUGGCGAGCAGGAUGAUUAUUAUGGCCUAGUUUUACCCUUGUUGAAGAACCUGGUCUUGACGGCCGUAGAAUGCGAUGUCAAAUAUCAGGCCAUUGAAACAUUGGCAAUGGUGACUUUUCUUGCGGCUUCCCAUGCCGAUACCAUGGGCGGAUUGGAUUUUUUUUACAAGAUUCUCAUAUCGCAAGGUGACAAUCUCCGAUCGGAAGACGAGGAUACCAAAUUGUCAAAUAAAGAAAUGCAUACCUUAAUGGAUGCAAGCACACGCGCUUAUGGAUUAUUAUACGCUUCUGCAUUUGGCGAUGGCCGCGGCACAUAUGAGGACGCUUGGGAUGAGUGGCAAGCUGUAAUGCCUGCGCAUCUGGAUUUGUUAGAGCACUCUUCCAAAGAUGUGCGCGUAGCUGCAGGUGAAAAUAUUGCAUUGAUGUUUGAAUGCACUGAUACGUUGAAGAAGCAGCAAGUGGUGGAAGAAGAUGAACAGGAAGAUGAAGAUCAGAUACCGGAUUAUGAAGAGAUGGACGAGUUAAUUGACGCCUUACAACGACUCGCUACCGACAGUAGUAAAAAGGUCAACAAACAAGAUCGCAAGGAACAACGGGGUGCCUUUAGAGACAUUAUUCGAACAGUGGAAUCCAAUGAACGACCCAAAGAAACUCUGCGGUUUGGAAGGUUUCGCUUGGUGUUCAGAGGCUGGGCCAACAUUUUGGAACUUCGUGCAUUUAGACACUGGUUGGGGCAAGGCCUCGUAAGGCAUUUCCAUGAUAAUGAUACCGUCUAUUCCGUCUUUGCAAGGACUGUCAAUGAGUCAUCGGAUUCGGAAGGCGAGGCAGACACAGAGGAUGGACCGACGGCCUUUGAAGAGGAGGGAAGCGAAAAUGUCAUGGUAUCAAAGAAUGAUGUAGCCGCUCGAAGAGAGAAAGCAAAGCGGAUUCGGAAAGUCAAAGGACAUUAGAGAAGCCAUGGACUAUUUUGAUACUGCAACAAUAUGUAGAAUGUGUUUAUUACUGAGGAAUGUACAUCUCAUAACGGAAAAGCA